AUGUGGCAAGAAAACAUCACUACUAUCACGGAGUUUAUCCUUGUGGGUUUUCCUACCACCAUCUGGCUUCAGAUAUUGCUCUUCAUCCUCUUUCUUGUAACCUAUCUAUUUGUAUUGAUGGAGAAUCUAGUCAUUAUCCUUACUGUCUGGACUAACAGCUCCCUUCACAAGCCUAUGUACUACUUUCUGGGUAGCAUGUCCUUCCUGGAGAUAUGGUACAUUUCUGUCACAGUCCCCAAGAUGUUGGCUGGUUUUCUUCUUCACCCUAAUACCAUUUCAUUUUUGAGCUGCAUGACUCAACUCUACUUUUUCCUUUCACUUGCUUGCACAGAGUGUGUACUCCUAGCUGUCAUGGCAUAUGACCGCUAUGUGGCAAUCUGCCAGCCACUCCACUACCCAGUCAUCAUGACCAUAGAGCUCUGUUUCCGGCUGACUAUCUUCUCCUGGGCAUGUGGCUUCUCUAUUGCUAUAGUCAAAGUCUACUAUAUCUCUCGUGUCAUCUUCUGUGGUAACAAUGUGUUAAACCACUUUUUUUGUGAUGUUUCUCCCAUCCUAAAAUUGGCCUGCAAAAACAUUGCCAUGGCUGAGAUGGUAGACUUUGCCUUAGCCAUUGUAAUCCUAACAUUCCCUUUCUCAGCCACUGUUCUCUCUUAUGGUUUCAUUAUCUCCACUGUCCUACAUAUUCCCUCAGCUGCAGGACAAAGGAAGGCUUUCUCUACCUGUGCUUCCCAUCUCACUGUGGUGAUAAUCUUUUACAUGGCAGUAAUCUUUAUGUAUGUUCGGCCUCGAGCAAUUGCCUCCUUCAAUUCCAACAAACUGAUUUCAGCUGUAUAUGCAGUCUUCACCCCCAUGUUAAAUCCUAUUAUCUACUGCCUGAGGAACCAAGAAGUCAAGGAUGCCAUGAGAAAAACCCUGAGCAAUGGCUGGAUCCUAUUCUGGAGAAAUCCCUCCUCUUGA